CUUGUUCAACAGUGGAGCCUCCAGCACGGAGCGCACUACACACGCAUGUCCCGCGUUCUCUUUGCGUGGAGCCCCAGAUGAGGAGCUCACACGUCCGGGAAUGACAGCCGCUGUCAUUGCGAGUGACAGCUUUCACUCGGACUCACUUCACUGACUCAGUGAAGCCCCAUCUACAGUUACAGCAGAUCCGAAGCGGAUCCACUUCUACAGACCGGGACUAUGCCAGAGAUGGAGAAAGGGAGACCUCCAGAAAGUAAACGCAGCAGGAAACCCGCGCACCCCGUAAAGAGGGAAAUAAACCAGGAGAUGAAGACUUUUGCUGAAAGCACCAUGAAUGAGCUCCUGGGAUGGUAUGGCUAUGACAAAGUAGAUCUCAGAGACUCCGAGGCCAAUGAGAUCAGGAACUACAGGGAGAGGCGCCAGCAUGUAUCUGUGUUAAAAGAAAACUCCUUGCCAAAACCCAAGACCGCGGACAGCAAAGUCAGUCACUCAGUCCUUGCAAUGAAAAGUGGUGAGAAGGAUUCGUCCAGAAUCCCUUCGUCACCUUCCUCUUCAUCGACAAGCACAUCCACACCCAAGGAGCACAAAAGUGCACCUGUCAUUGUCCCUCUCAUAAAGCCAUCAGCAGUGGACGACGUGCAGAAUGUGCAGAUAGUGUGUGUUUGGUGCCAGAAGGAAGGUGUCAAGCGCUACUCUCUAUGCAUGGGUUCCGAGCUGAAGAGCUUCUGCAGUGAGAAGUGUUUCGCCGCCUGCAGACGGGCCUACUUCAAGCGCAAUAAAGCCAGAGAUGAAGACCUUCAUGGUGAGAAGUCCCCCCUGCACCCCCAUACGGAGGACUCACCCAGGCUGGUGAUGAAGAUAAACAGCAAUGUUAGAUCUCUCUCUCCUGUAAUGCAGGUGUGUGAUUGGUGUAAGCAUGUCCGACAUACCAAAGAAUACCUGGAUUUUGGAUCUGGAGAAGAGCGACUCCAGUUCUGCAGCACCAAAUGUCUCAAUCAGUACAAGAUGGAUGUUUUCUACAGAGAAGCCCGUGCUGCUCUUACGUGUUCCAGUCCGGCUAGAGCCGGCCAGGAGGGGAGAUCGGACACCAGUAUUGCCGGGCAAAAACUUCUCACUCCAGAAUCUUGGAAUAACAGCAGUAGCACAGGGGAAGCGCAUCAUAGAAACAUCUCCCCUAAGGGGCCUACACCAAUCUUGGGCUCAACAGAAUCAUCCUCCAUCUCCCCAUCAGAGUCGUCAUCAUCAUCUUCAUCUAAGCUACUUGGUUCUGUACAGAGGACGGGGGACAGGUCCAUCCAACAACCACCUCCUGCUUUGGCGGUGUCACCUCACCCUACUCUUAUCUCUCCUCCUCUUCCACGCCCCCCUUUAGAUCAUCAGCCAAUUCCUCAAAUGCCAAUGCCCUUCAUCAGGCCUCCUCUUCAUGCCCAGGGCCUCAGAAGCCCCCUUGCCAACCAUCCAAGACAAUCAGGCCCCUCUUCUAGCCCUAUCCACAGAACCCCCCACUCUCCACACCUGCAGCCUCCCAAUUCCUCCUCUAUGAACCCCCCAGGACUGAUGCACCCCUUCCCUCGACCCUACUUCCCUGGCUUACACUCCCCUCCAGUGAACAUGUUACCUAGAGGCCCUGUCCCGAUACCUCCUAUAAUGAACUUAGGCAUUCCUUCCUUUAGUCCACUCCUACCACAGCCCACUGUCCUGGUACCUUACCCCAUUAUUGUUCCCCUGCCUGUCCCAAUACCCAUUCCAAUCCCGGUUCCAGUGCCUCCCAAAACAAAUCAUGAAAUCCCAAACCACAGUGGCGUUAUACAGCCUGUCCCAGAGGGAACAGACAGAUGUAGAACCAUGCCCGCCAAGGUUCCAUCUCCUGGAAUACCUGAAGGGAAUGCCCAAUUUGUACACCACAAAGUGGGUGGAAACUUGUCACAUGGUGACCCCAAUUCCAAGGACAUGAGUUGGGUUAAAUCAGAGAGGCCAUUCCCAUCCCCAUCAUCCACAUGCCACAGUGGGACAUCGUCCCCCAGAGCACAGUACAACACAUCCCCUUUCUCAACACGCAGCUCGGAAGGACUGAUAGACUAUAAACAACAACAGCAGCAGUCAGAACGACAAGUUAUACAAAGGGUACUACAAAGAACCCAAGUGAAGCUGGAACCUAAUGCCAGGGGAUUACAGGACUUCUCAGGGUUGGAGGAGUCACGCACUGUGCAGAGUAUCAAAUCAGGGUUCCAUGACAUCAUCCAACCCCCCAAAUCUCCUUCACAUGACACUGUAAACCAAAAUAAGGACUCUCAUGUGUCACCUCCACCAAGCCCUACAGUGAACAACCACCCAUAUGGUGCCAUGUCUUCUGUCCUGAAAUCUCAGAGCCAUGGUCCAAAUGGGAUGUCCUCUGUACAAUCCACAGGCAGUUCAGACUCACUCUUACCCCAAAGAGUAUCAGCACCCCCAGCAGAUACUGCACUGACUGAGCAGGAGUCCAUAAAAGAGAACAAGUGCUCUGUUGUCGGCCCUGCACGAGUUGAGGGUCCGGUAGGUCAGUCUGAAGAGCCUUUAGUCACAGAUGCAGGAGAGGACCCCCAUUUCCCAGAUGAGGACCAUGCCUAUGCCCUACCCACUGCACCAAAGACAGGUGGGAGCCCCACCCCGCUGCUCUUGCCCAAACUCAGGGACAAGGGUAGCUUGCGAAGCCCUGCUAAUACACCCAAUUCUGGAGACAUGGAGCCAGCUCAGAAGAGGAGAUGCUUGCGCAUCCGCGAUCAAAACAAAUAACAGACAGAGCACCCCUGUUCAACACAGGAUGGCAGUGCCACAUUCAGUACCACGCCCUCUGGUGGACGACGCCAAUGCUAACACCUUCCCGCCUGAUCCCCACAGCCCACCAGUGUUGCAUGGCCUGUGGACCAGCAGGUUGCCAAAGCCAGAAGCAACCCACAUGGCCACAUGACCACAAGUCUCCUUGGUGUGCGAGGGGGAGGGACACAACACAAUCGCAUGUUUUGGACCAAAACAAGUAUCCCCGGCUAGUGUUGUGUCCAAGGACUGUUUGAGACAGACGAUCGUUUAAGAUUUUGUCCCUUGAAGUGUGUUGGUGUGCCCAGAUGUGAUUGUCUUCCUCCUCCUCCUCCGCCUCCUUACUCCACACAGCAGACAGGGCACUGAUCAGCCUUGUGUGGUCUUCUCAGAUGGAGCCCGAACAUGAUCUCUUUCCAGGGGAAACGGCUUGUUUUCUCUGCCCAGCUUGCACAAAGAGCCACAUUGUUCCUCUCCCCGUAUACCACACGGACUCCCCACUCCAGGUUUUGGGUUACCUGGCCGACGGAGGCUCAGACUUCAGGAGCAGGAGGUUUUAUUUUUAUGACCGACAGCUUGGAAUACAGGAUACCCUUCUCCUCUCCAUCUCCCUGCCCAAUCUAAAUACACUAACACUUGGGUUCUGAGGUUUGGGUUCCUCACUAUCCACUAUCCGCUUGUUCUGCCUUUCAGGGAGGGAUGAGAUGGGGAAAAAAUCAUCACAAAGGGCUUUUUGGUUAAGACUGAUGACUGAGCAGUUUAUGAUAAGAUGUCUACUGAUGACUGAGCAGUUUAUGACAAGAUGUCUACUACUGUAGAUAUAUGUUAAAUAGUGUAUAAAAAACAUAGAUUAUAAAACAGACUGAUCUACUGAUACACAGUAGCUGGGAUGGUGUGUGUGAUCACUUUAGUGGUCCAUGAAUGUCAUUUAAAAGACCCCGCCCAUCAACAUUUGGACAGCAAAUCAUUUUUCCAAAUGGAGGGACAUUUGAUCAAAUUUCCUUGAGCAACUACGGGGAAAAAAAUAAUUCAUCAACGACUGUAUUGACCUGAAUAUAAGACUUUUACCCUAGAAAAAUAAUCUGAAAACGACAGGUUGUUUUAUAUUCAGCGAUUUAUACAUGCCAACCCGCAGAUGGCGCCAAACGACCUCUCUGCGAGCAAGCUUUUCUUCCUGUCACUCCCUCACACCACGGACCAUUAGAAAUGCAGCCACAAAAAAGUGACCCACUCGAAAAAAAAGUGUCCCAAAGGUUUGGCAAGGUAGCAGACAACAGAUGCGUAACUGCUAAGCAGCUAAAAAAAUAUAUAUAUUUUUUUUAUCGUCCACAAAAAUAUGAAUAUUGAAAAGGGUCAUCUUAUGUUCAGGUAUGUCUUAUAUUCAAGUCAGUACGGUAAUUAAUUGUUGCUUUUUUACAGGAGAAUGUUUCUCUGCACUCCUGUUUCCACGCCAGUGUUGUAGCAGAAUAAUGCUGUCUGGAGGAGUUGUGCCAUAGCAUGGAUGUAGCUCAGCUUCCCAUAGCUGAUAUCAUGUUCUUCUUCAGACAGAAAACUCAACAGCACUUUUGUUGGUGGCAGCCAAGUAGUGCACUCUAUUUUUAAUCAAUGAUCAAUUAAAUGGAUUAUUUUGCUCGUCCCUAGUUUGACGUCUUUUUAACCCAAAUAUUGACGUAAAGGCAGUUUAACUGAUCUGGAUUCUGGCGUUUUUAAAAAAAUGACUCUAAUAACAUGAUUCCAGAAAAAAAAAAAGAGUAAUAUUACCAAGUGUGGUGUUUUUAUAUAUAUAUGUAUAUAUUCAAGCGUUAAAUACUGCAGUAUGCAGUGAUCAGUAUUACAAUCCCUUAUUUUGGGAACACAUCCUGGGAUUUUAUCCAGCAACACUUUCUUGCUGAUCAUCACAGAGACACCCAUCAAUGUUAUAAUAAGUUAUGACGUUACAUUACUUUCACAAAAGUGCUUUCAUUUGUCUAUUAUUCCUCACAUGUCAUAAUUAUGAGUGCCGAUGCUGUCAAAUGAACUUUCUGUUUAUACGGUUAGGUCCAGACGUUUUUGGACAAUGACAUGAUUUUGCCUUUAUACACCACCAUAAGCGUUGUCAAGUAAAACCAUGUUGUGAUUGAAGGCAAAAUCAUAGUACUCCAUUUUAGUCCUGGGCCUAAUUGUACACUGCAUCCCCACUAGAGAGCAGUAUGUGCUUUGGAAAUAUUACACCUGUUUGCUUUUAGCAAAAAAAAACAAAAACACCAGGAAACACUAACAAUGCCACCAUGAAAUGCCAAAUAGAUUCUCUGCCAGGCCAUUAUGUUACCUAUCACACAAACAAGAUCACGCCUUCUGUUGACGGGAUAAGUCACAUGACUCAAUAGAAUAACAUCCAAAUAUGACUCCCGCUUGUGCCAUCAUUCCAGAACUUUACAUCCAUUAGUGUGUCCUCCAUCGCUCAAGCGUGAGUGAGCCCACUGUGGCAACCCACGUCACGUCACCCCACUCAUUCCACAUCACAGGCCAACAAGACAAAAAAAUGACUAUUUGUGGAUUUAUUGCACAUGAUUUUUGGUUUUAAAACGAUUUAGUGCCACCGUUUUGUUGCUCGUAUAGCCCGCUGUCUGAAUGGAUAUCACAGGUUGUUUGUAUUUGAACUCUUUGUAAAGUUAAAUCAAUAAUAAAAAAAAAAUAUUCCAAGCAGCAGCAUAAUGUCAAAUCUCAAGUGUCAUGUAUCCUAAUUGUGAAUGUGUGUUUCGCUAAUUAACUGAUUCAGGGACAUGACAUGACGGCAAGAACCUUAGUUGCAAAAGAAAAAUCAUCUAUUUUUAGCAACAGCAGCAACAUGUCUGCAAGGCUGUGCAUCAGCAUUCCUAAAAUACUGAAAGUCAGUGGAGGCUUUGAACAGAUUGAUGAGAUAAGAGGGCAGGAAUUCCGGCUUGGUGGGGGCAUGUGUCGGGGGUGUAUCCCGACAUGGAGCAGGAUGGAUGAACAAAACUGGUGGACCAGAACACUCCAAACCCUUACCAAUAAUAAAACGUGUAUGGUGAAGAAGCUGUGUGACUAUUCCGCGAAAAUAAAACCCCACCGGAAGUCACUGACCUUGAAAAUAAAAGCAACAAACAUACGAGUGUAAUACUACUACUACAUUUAAACCCCAUCUUUUUUAUAUUCAGCUGAAAUCUAGCAACUAUAACAUUCCACCUGUUUGCUGACCUUAAAAAUAGCUAACAUACGCUAAUGUUUGAUCAUAUUUCAGAGUUAUUUAAGUAGCAGCUGUUUGGAUGAGAG